AUGGACUUCCCUGGCGGCGCAAACACCAACAUACAUCUUAUUGAUGGAUUCUCCAAUAUUUACUGGAGAAUAUACACAGAAGAAGCUGGUAUCGCAAAUAAUCCACAGGAGAGCCCCGCCAAUGGCUACACUAUUCUCAAGCACUUGAGUCGUCUCAAAGACUUGGAGGCUCGACUGAGAGGGUUGAAUUGCCUAGCCUCGUGUCCAAGGCGCCUAGGGCUUUGGGUGUUCUCCCCCACUCCCGAUUUCGAAAGCCUGAAACCUUUGUAUGUGAGGGGAAGUGACGCAGAUUCAAAUAAGAUCGUCGUUGGCACAACAACCUUGAAAGUCUCUGCAUUGGGAAGUGUCUCCUCGGUGGACUUGGUGAAAGGGCUGUCGUCCGACAAUCAGAGUCAGCACGGUACCCAACCCGCUGGGCAGCCACGGCCACAUCAGAGCCAACCGUCGUCUCGCCGGCAAGAUGGUUACAGCAGUUCAGCGGCCAUUUACGCUUCUUUUAUAUCUGCCGUCACUGGCUCAAUUGGCCUCCAGUUGAUUCGACACCAUGCUGCUCUACCUCUUGGGUCACGCACCCUUUUCACUGCUGUCGAAAAAUCAGGAUACGAAAGCCCCCAUAUUAACAAUGACAGCAUUCUCUCUACUUCUUGCUUGACUACACUCAACGUCCAGUUAACUAUGGGUGGUACAAUAACUGUUUCCGCCCAGACUAUAUCCCAAACAGGCAUAACGCGACUGUGUGGACCACGCGAGGACAUUGCCGAAUUGAUCGACGUGCAGCCUGGAAUUGAUCUUUGGCUAUGCCCGAAUGGAACUAUCGCCAAGCUUGUCACGGCUAAUCUUGACUCGCCAGCCGCUCCUUCUCUGGGCUACCCCGCCCCUGACAAUCUGUCUGCAAAAAGAGUACAGUGGAAAUUGGACGUUGUGCAGUGGCUGCGGAAUUUUGGGUUGCAUGUUGACUCGAUUGAUGAAGAACCCUGGGUUGAAGUGGAGGUUUGGGAGCCAUUUUUCGCGAGGCUUGCUGGGGAAGCAUGGCGACAGAGCGAUGAUGGUCAAUCUGCACUACCACUAAAACGCAUGCUGUGGCCAGCGAGAUUUUGCUUCAGAAGGGCUAGCUCAUCAAAUAUCUCUUCCGGGGCUCAAAAUUCCCUUCUUGACGAACCCCUAGAUUUUGCAGAGCGAUGGUCCACAAUGGCGGGCUCUCUCAAGCUAGAUCAUAUUCCCCAUACUGCUCAAAACACCCCUACCACCCAAGACCUACAACCAAAAGACCAAGGAAUGCCGUCGCCACCCAAGGCCGAACCCCUGGAAAGCAUAGAGAGUUUAUCCCGAAUUGCGCAAUAUCCUGAUUUGCAAAGCACGAAUCUUGUUUAUCCAACUCCCCCAGAUGGAGCUGCAGCAGUCGGAUUGAACAACCCAAACCCUUCUGAGGCUUUUGCCGACGAUUCUGACUUCGGACUACCGCAUGCAACGCGGCAACGAAGUUCAAGAAAUGAACCAGGGUCUGAUAUAUCACCGGUUCAGAACAGUGGCGUUGGAGUUGGCACUGGCCGAUAUGAUGAAAGCGACGAAGAAGAUCUCUUUGGGGAAAUGAACGAAAGGGAUUUUGGAUCGAAAGGUAUUACCGAUGCGGACUUCAGCUUUUUCGAUGACCCUGAUUUCGAUGGCAUGGAAGGCGACUCUCGUGUGGAGGAUGUAGAUGAAGUUCUUGAAGCAUCCCAUCCUCAGAGCGAAUUGGAGGCUGAGGCCAUGGUCGACGCAGAGCCAUCCCCCAACCAGCCACCGGCAAUCCCAACUCAUGUCGAAACACAUGAGGCACACGCAUCUCCGGUACCCCGCGAAGCCCCACAAUUACCAGAAGGGCCUAUGGCCUCUGAAGACCCAGCUCAUUCGCCUACGGAUCGCGCAGGUCAGACAAUCAGCCCGCCCUUGAGCCCAAUAGAAGUGAAGAAGAUCUUGUUCCCGGGGCCCGAGGCAGACAAUCACCAACAGUCUACAGAUAACCGGGGACAAGGGCAUUACCACCCAGUGGCAUUCGAAAAGAAACUUGGUGAUUGGGAUCAGAAGUACGGAGCAGCUGGCAAAUUCUGGUUCUCCAGUGGUGGCUCGUUGGACACGUCAAAUCAGACAUCUGCCAUACCCACGAUUGGUAUUCCUCACCGUGGCCGAAGCAGUGCCAACGCACCUGGCUCUAAAGAACGUAACAAGACCAGUCUAUCUCUGGUUCAGUCAGAAAAUGGUCAACGAUCAGCCUCGGUGAGCAGUGACAGCAGCGAGGACAGUAUUGAGAUCGUGUCGGAGCAUGUUCCGACGCCGGCAGCCAUGCCCUCAAUGCCAUCUUUGAAGCGGAAACGAGCCCCUUCAGAAUCUGAUAUAAUGUCAGUUGCAUCCCAAGAGAAGUCAUUGCCUGGGGCAGAAGCAAGUCCCGCAUACGCCGCCGAGAACUCUACGUUCCUCGGUAAUUUUCUAGCCAAUUUUUCCGAUUGGAUGUUAACAGGUUACUUCUCUGCUUUUCCACCCCAACAACUCCCUGUACUUCCUCGCCGUGAAGGCCAACUUGAAAUUGCCCAACUUCUGGUUGACCAGAUCACGCAGUCCUCCCUCAAGCAUCCACUUGACGGGAAAAUUGGUCUUUUUGACCUUGAGAGCGAGUCUUUGCCACUGCAAGCCCUUGAUGACACAACGUUCUUGGGCGAAUUCUCGAGACUGGACUUCAAAAGAUACACAUCAUUACAGGAUGAAUUUGUUGCGAACCAACCGCAACAGCAACCACCACAACACCCGCCGCCGCCCAAAGACACCCCAAGAAGCUUCAUUUCAAAGUUAUCGGCGCCCCACAUACGUACAUUUGGUCUUGAGCCUGCUCAUGGACCAAAGAACAUUUCUGCGUAUUGCAUACACCCACAAGCUACGUCCAAAGCAGCAGAUAUGUUCUUAAGACGAUUUGGUCUUCUCUACCAAAGUUGCGGUCUUGGGAUCCAUACCAGAGGCGACGAUUCUGUGGCAUUUGAAGAGGGGCUGAAGCCAUGGAAAUCUGAAACAUCUAGUUAUGAAUCUAUGAUGCAGGUAUUGAAGAGAACAUGCGAACAGCUUGGCUCAGAGCUCUCACAAUCCCCGGCGACUGCUGAUAACCAUGUUGUCUAUAUCAUCAACCCGUUUACGCACGCUGCAGCACUAGCAGACAUUUGUUCCGCCUUCUGGCACCUUUCCCAGCAAUUGAUAGCCGGUUCCGAACGAAGACAGACUCGAAUUGCCAGCGAGCUUGUUCUGCAGAUAAUCCCGCUAGAGUUCAUCAUGUCGAGCGAGACGAUGGUUAUUCCUCCCCAGACGGAUUAUUUGAAUUUGGCCCUAGAGGUCUACAGUCGCUGUCGCUCAAAUGAUGUGGACAUGAGCCCCCUGCUCUGCGCGCCACCGAUGCUUCUGGCCGACGCUCUCCCGAGGGCCAUUAGUUUCCGACUUGCCCCUGAAAGGUCCUCGCCGCUUCAAGAUGGGCGAAGUCUUCACAUUGCAUAUUCGAAAAGUCUUGACCAACGCUGGAUAUCGGUGGCAUGGUCUGAUUUACCAGGUUCUAUACAAAGAACCAUGUCUUACUGCCUGCGGUAUCGUCAGUCGAGUGGUGCCAGACCGGUUUCCGAGGUAAGGAAUGAAGUUUGGGCUACGACAAAACACAUCAUGGAUAAGUUCCAAGCACGAUGGAAAGUUCAGCUGGCGACCACCGAGCCUAUGGAGACCGAUGAGGUUGAAGCGUGGGCUAGUCUAGCAGACCAGUACAACAAGGUAAAACCUGGGUCCUUGGAAUUGACCAUCCUGGCUGUCAACACUGUUUCCGACUUGAUCCUCGAGCCACCGAUUCCACCCAUAUCGAUGGCCAUGCUGAAUAUACUGUCUUCGUCUACCCUCGUUGCAUCCCCGGAACAAUCAGGCAAUGCACCCACGCCAACCAGCGCUGGUCCAGCCACGUACAACGCACCCACACCAACGGACGUGUCACUUGAAACAGAUUUAGAAGCAGUCCUCACUGACAUCUGCGACGAUUCCUGGCUAGCCAUCCUAUCACACCGACUCAACAGCUCUCCACACCUCACCGAAUUCCGACCCGCCCUGUCCAGCGGGUAUCUCCUCCGCCGUAAGGGCGCUACUGAUGGGGACGGUGUGUUUGCAAUAUCUGUCAAUCUCAUCUAUCCCCGCGUCCUCCCCCAUCCCACGACAGCGUCCUGA